AUGGCUGAUGAUAUGGAACAAAUCGCGGUGGACCCUGAUUUCUACUCUAUGGCCACUGGCUAUGGCAUGGAUCCGCAAGACUUUCAGUCGGAGACCACCUCUAUUGCGUCCACGAUCGCGAGAGGACGAUACCAGGCCACUAAGGAAAAUGACUACUGGGGUCCUUCUGACGAGCAGCAGUUUGAGGCGUUUGAGAUUGGUGAUGUUGCCGAUCUCUAUCCGUCUGCUAUCGUCCGUGGCGUGGAUAUCUUCCCCCCGCCCGUGACAUGGAUGCCCCCGAACUGCGUCUUCGAAGUGGAUGAUGUGCUUCGCGAGUGGACAUGGACAGAGUCGUUUGACUUUAUCCAUAUGCGCCUAAUGUACGGCGCCUUCCCUCCUGAGGGAUGGGACCAGCGUGGACCGUUUACCACCAUUAUGACGAAUAAUCAUGUCGUCGAGAUCGUCAGAGGUCAAAAUAUCUCUUUGAUCUCCCUCUCGGUAAAAUUGACCGCUAUUCAAAGGCUAAGAAUAGGAAUUUCUGGAAGCUAG